GGACAGGAGAAGAUAGGAGGGAACAAAAUUACAAAUAUAAUAUACAUGUAGUCACAUCAUGAGUUUCACAUGCUAUUAGACAAAAUAUUAUAACUACAUUUUUUACUUCUUAAUACGCUAAACUUCGUAUUUUAACAGCUUGUAUCAAACAUUUUCCCAAGUUCUUGAGUUCUACACUAAGAACCUUGUAUUAUCACGUAUCAGUCAUCCAGUGUUUCUGUGUCCUUUGAAUUAGGGUUUUAAUUUGUGUGUCAAGUCGUUCCGGUUCUCGGUUUAUAGACGUGUUAUCGAUAAGAUGUUUUUUUUACAUCACGACAUUGGGAUAAUUGAAUAAAGGUUUUGUUACAGGUAUACGAUAUUAGUUCAUUAAUCAUUAACAGUAUGAGCAAAGACAGUAGGACAAGAUGUCGUUUGCUUUGUUUGGGAUUUUUCUGUAUUUCAUGGUAAUUGCUCUGCAACCCACAAAUGGAGCGUGGACCACUUUGGAUGUUCAUACAAUACGUGGAAGUAAGCUCUCCACCACCACGUAUCACAGGUUGAUCCGCCCCUCCGAAAAAAUGUAUGUGAAUACAUCACUGAGUCUCCUUACUAUCAACAAUCUAGAUGUGAAAACACAGAUAUUGUCCACCACGGGCUGGCUGACAGUUGAAUGGAGCGAUGACAGAUUACCAUGGAGCGAUUCUACAUACCCGGAUGUAACCCAUUUCUACGCGCUGGAUACAGAAGUGUGGAAACCGGAAUUCUUCAUUGACAAUUCUCUAGCGGACGUAUCAAUUUUGGAAGAUUCCAAUGUCAUGUUUAAGGUUGGUCGUGACGGCGUGGUGGAGUGGAAGUUACCCCGCAUCUUUACCACGUUCUGUAACGUUGACGUCACGUAUUACCCGUUUGAUACUCAAAACUGCGUCAUAGAAGUCACCAGCUGGGCGUAUACCGUGGACGAGCUGGAGAUGCGAGCUUCCAGGGAUUCGGUUAACCUCGAGGACAUGAAACCACAUGGAGAAUGGACCAUUCGUUCAUCGUCUGUCACAAAGAAAGAACUACAAGAAACAAAAGAAAAUGGUGUCACGGAAAAGUUUUCGCAGCUGGACUUUAACAUAAGAAUGCAGCGAAAAUCAAGUUACUACAUUUCCAGCGUGCUGCUUCCAGUUUUACUGACUUCCUAUUUGAAUAUAUUUGUUUUCCUUCUUCCGGUAGAUUCUGGCGAAAAGGUGGGUUUUAUCCUAACGGUGCUACUGGCGACGGCCGUUCUUCUGACUUUGGUCAGUGACAGCAUACCCUCGACAUCUAUCAGCACCAGCGUUUUAUCUGUCUACCUAGCCGUCACUCUCUGUAUUGGUGUGAUGUGCUGUUUACUGACCGUGACGGUCAUCAGGAUCCACUUCAAGGACCCCGACAUACCCGUCUCAGCCACGUGGAGGUCUCUCCAUGAUAAGAUCUUGGUGCCAUUUUCAUGUUCCGGCGGAUGCAAGAAAGGAAAGAAUAAUGGCGUUACACCCACGACCACCCAACAGGAAGUGGUUGUUGUGAAUUACGAGGGCGGUAAAAAUGAAGCCGAAUCGACGCCAUCGGAGGGGCCUGAGUCUUCCGAUGGGAUAAAAUGGGUGGAUUUGUCCGCCGUCUUGGAUCAGUUUUUCAUGGUCGUCAUGUCGAUCGUAACCACAGUGUCGUCUCUAACUUUUAUGGUUGCAUUGGCUGUAGGAGGGGAAGUAAACUCGACUUGAGAAAUAAAUAUGUUGAACAAAAACACAAAUACAUGCUAAACAAAAACAUUAUUAACUAAGACAGAUAAACAUGAUGCAUUAUGUAAAUGAAAACAUGAUGAACAAAAACAAGAUAAACAUGAUGAAUGAAAAACCA